CACCCUACUUACAAUAUAUAGUUCGGACCUGGGACGAAAGAGAAAUCUGAGAUCUCCCACUCCUCUGCAGCAAUGGCGGGGUGGAUCUCCUCCAAGCUUAAAGUCGCGGAGAACCUGCUUCAGCAAAUCGAUCAGCAGGCCGCUGAUUCCCUCGGCAAGGCCGACAAGCCCCAGCGAUCUCCUUCAGCCGCUGAUCUCUCCCCCGUCACUGCCAAGCUCAACCAGCCACCACGGACCGGAGAAUAUUCUACAUCUGCCACGAAAUUUCCCCUCGUCAAGAAAUCGACGGCGGAUAUCACAAAGGUAUCAGCUCCACAGUCCCCUUCUUCCUCCUCCGCCUCCCCAAACCCUACCCCAGAUCCAACUGUCAUCGAUUGGACGGAGCUGCUCAGCUCACCCAGUCCGAUCUUUCCGGAUCCAGCUACUCGGGCCGCAGAUGGAAAUGCCAUGCAACGCCCAUCGAUGUUGAGGGUCGUUAAGAAACCAGCAAUAUCGAAGAACGGAAAGGGUUUUAUUAACCAGAAAGCAGCAGUCCCUUCCUCUCCUUCUUCCUCUUCUUCCGUUAUUUCUUCUUCUAAAGAGGAUGGAGAUGGCGGAACCGAACCCCGUCAAGAAAAAUUGCACAAAUCGCUUUUGCUAAGUCGCGAAGCCUCGCUGAUUAGUGAGGCUGGGAGGCUAGACACAGUCAAGGAUUUGAAACAGAUUAAAGAAGAGGGUACAAAGGAGAAGGCUGAUUUCCAGUUUAUUAAUGUCCCCGCAAAACAUUCAUCAGGGAGCGAUAGGGAUUCGGCUUCGGAUUUAGAAACGUCUUCCGAAUCUGAUUCCGAGGAAGAGACCCGGAGGGCGGAAGAGAGGAAGAGGCGGAGGGAGAAAAUCCUUGCCGAGCAAGCGGCCAGAGCAGCGGCCGAGGCUAUUAAGGAGAAGGAGGAUAUUGUUGCGAAAUUGGAGGGAGAGAAACAAAGUCUGGAGAAGGUUCUUGAAGAAAGGGAGAGGCAGCAGGCGAAGGAGGCUUCAGAUUUGCAGAUGAGUAUGAUUGAGACCAUGGAGGCUGUGGAACUGGAGAAGCAGAAGCACAAUAGUACCAGAAUGGAAGCCCUGGCUCGGUUGGCUGAGCUUGAGACACAAAAUACGGUGCUUGCAAAGUCACUUGCGACAGAGCAAUGGAAUCUCGAAUUAACUAUGAGUCGUGUAGCAGAACUUAAACAGCAGGUUGGAUUGAAGGAACUAGCCCGAGAAGAACUUAAAAGGAGAAUGUCAGCCAUCAAGAAACGAACAUCUUCUCCGGGUAUAGUGGAAUCUUUGAGAAAGGAUAGGGUUGAGAGAGAAAUUCUGGAUCCCGAGUAUUCUUUUACUUGUGAUAAGAUUGCAAGAUUGAAGGACAAGUCAAGGUGGCUCGAAGAGAGCAUUGGGAAAACAAAAAGGGAGAUUUUGCAACCAACUGAAGUGGAACUUGAACUGAAGAAAAGACUAGGUCAAUUAACUGAUCACUUGAUUCAGAAACAGACACAAGUUGAAUCACUUUCUUCUGAGAAAUCAGCACUACUUUUUAGAAUGGAAAAGUUAUCUAGGAUGCUUAAUGAGAAUGGGUUGUCAAUGGAGGAUAGUGAAUUUGAAAGCCUGGAUAUUGAAGCUGGGAGAUGGCAACGUUCUGAUCAUGCUACAAAAGCAGCUCUUCGCGAGAGAAUUAGAUCUGGGCGACAACAACUUGGAUUGGUUAUUCGCCAGUUGGAUGCUAUUUUCUCUGCAGGUGCAAUAUUUGUAAGGAGGAACACAAUGGCCCAAUUUUUUUCCUUUUUCUACCUUAUAUGCUUACACCUGUGGGUUUUGUAUAUACUAAUGUCACAUUCAGAAGUUUCUGAUGGAGCAAACCAAGGUACUUCUUUCUUGGAGACCACCAGAAAUAGCUCAGGUCACUAAUUUUUUCCUCCAAUUUUU